CACACACACACAAAUGGAUACAAAGUUUCUUUCACAUAGCAGGAGCCCUUUCUCAACUUUGUCUCACUGUAGGCACACAUGUAAGCCAGUAUGUACUCCUAUUCAUGCAGUGCUCACGAGGCCCUCACCAAACAUAACUCAAGAAGCAAGAAAGACUAGUGUCUAUAAUGAUAGAUGGUUUGAUCUAAUAGCCAUAAACCAUCUAUCCCAGAGUGUUCAAGCUGCAACAGGAUUGAGGAACGGCAUGAGUGGGUAUGAGAGCUUGGUGGAGUCAGCUAGGGUGGCAUCACAGAAGUUUAAUCCGAUUCAACAACGUGAAGUUGUCAUUAAAGCUCUUGAGAGAGCCUUUCCAAGGCCAAUACUCUACUUGAUAAGGACAUUGCUGCCACCGUCUAAAUUUGCAAGGGAAUAUUUUGCAGCCUUCACCACUGUGUUUUUUGCUUGGCUGGUUGGACCCUGCGAGGUGAGGGAAUCUGAAGCCGAUGGAAGAAGAGAAAUGAAUAUAGUCCACAUAAAAAAGUGCAGGUUUUUGGAGGAGACCAAUUGUGUGGGAAUGUGCACUAAUCUCUGUAAGAUACCAUCCCAAACCUUUAUCAAGGACUCCUUUGGAAUACCAGUUAACAUGGUCCCUAAUUUUGAGGAUAUGAGUUGCCAGAUGAUAUUUGGUCAGGAGCCUCGGGAUUUAAUUGAUGAUCCAGCACUCAAGCAACCAUGCUAUAAAUUAUGCAAAGCAAAACAGAAACACAGCAUGAAGUGCUCCAGUUAAAGCAUAGAGAUGUUGGAAGGAGGCAUUUUUUGGAAAAUAUAUAUCCUAUUUUCGACAGCCGACAAUCUUUUCAUUUUACUAUUUAUGUAAUUAACUUGUUUAUAGUUUUAUUUAAAAUUAAAAAGAAAUGCCAUAUCAUUCUUC